AUGAUCGGGCCCGACGACGCCGAUCUCUACUCGACCGACUACGUCGAACGCGGCUACGCGCGCAAAACGAAAGCCCCCAUCGCCGCGCAAAUCGAGGAUGCUACAUCUGGAACAGUGAACGGCGGCGCGAAACCAGAGCAAGCGCCGAACGGCACGAACGGAGAGUCUUCGGGCGAUAAGCAGAGCAGUGAUGGGGACAUCACCAUGACUGAUGCAGGCUCAGACAAAGGGGAGGUUGGGAAGCAGAUGCCUGGAAAGUCAACCAAGGAGGGCACACAUACCGAAGGCGAGGCAUCUCGGCCAACCAACGGCGAUGUAUCGAAGGCCGAUGCAACCCAGAAAACGGGAACCGACGAGAGCAUCGCCGACAAGAAGCAGAAGCAAAAGGCGGUCGAUGUCGAAAUGCACGAAGGCAAUGCGGCAGCUCCGUCGCAGUCCGGAACAGACGUAGUCGACCGCAACGGAACGCAUGCGCCGUCAAUAGCAUCGGAAGAGGUGGACGAGACAUUUGUGCACCCGUUCUUCCGGCCGCCGCCCAACGCUCGCCCAGACCGAGAUGUGGGUCUGCCGGAGGCCGAGGCCGAGGAUAUCCGCCGUUUGCUCGCACUUUACGUGCAGAAGCAGGAGGAGGUCUGCCGUGGUGCUAUGAAACUCCACGAAGGCCUCCUCAAGGCUAACCGACUGCGCAAGACGGUGCUUCAUUGGUCCAAGGCGGAGGCGCACAGCGGAGCGAACCGGGACAUGUCGGACGGCGAGGACUGGUACGACAAGGAGGAGUGGGGUCUGACCGAGGACCUUAAGAAGGGCCAGGACGACGAGGAAGAAGACACGGGCACCGUGGCCAAGAAGACUAGAAAUCGCAGGUGA